UAAAGACAGAGGAAGGCUGCGAAGGCACUAGAUCAGAAAGGUUAGAGGUUAGACGGAGUGGCUUUCAGCUCUUUGGGAGGUGAGGUGGAAAAAGGAGAUCUUUAAAAAGAAGAAGAAGAAGAAGAAGGUCAAGGUCCUCAUCUGAAGCUGAAAUUCCCUGAGCAGACGUUUGAGAAGCAAAAGGCCGGGAAACAAAAAAAACAAACAAAAAAAAAACCCUGCUGUACCUGUGCAGCUCUCAGACUGGAGGACAAAAAGGGCUGGCCUGCAGUCAGAAAGCAGAGACAAAGAGAACAGCGCUGGCACUUAACGAACAGAGCGAAAGGCACAGUCGGAGGAAAGCGGUGAUGGAGAACCUGACCGUCUACCACGGACCCAUCGGCAAGGAGGAGGGCGAGAGGCGGCUGGGCCAGGACGGGAGAGACGGGAGUUACUUAGUACGUGACAGCGACUCGGUGCCAGGUGUCUUCUGCCUGUGUGUGCUGUGCAAAGGAUACGUCUACACGUACAGACUCCACAAGGACGAAGCGGGCUCGUGGGCUGCAGAAACGACUCCCGGUGUGCCGAAGCGGUAUUUCCGGCACAUCAAGAACCUGAUAGCAGCCUUCCAGAAGCGGGGACAGGGGAUUGUCAUGCCUCUGCUCUACCCCGUCACGGCUCAGAGGCGGGCGCAGACCCACGCCGAGCAGCAGCAGCAGACGCCCGGUAAUGGCCUGUCGCCGACGCUGCCCGACCACAGCCCCUAUCUGCAGCGUCUGGCGAUGCCCGUCGCUCAGGAGCCGAAGAACAGGAGCAAGAAGGAGGUGGCGCAAGCUUUCGGUUAGAGAGGGUCGAACCCAAACGAUGACUGAACACCAAACUUCUCAAAUCUCAUUUCUUUCCGCCAGUUUUUCCUCUUUCUCCUCUGAAACAUCAACAUCUAUCACUGCACACACGAGUUUGACGACAAAAAAAACCCCCCAAAAAAAGAUAAAAAUAUUGUUAGUGGGCGGCGAAGAAAAUAAACGAUUUAGUCUGAAAGAAGCUCUCUUAAAUAAGGUCAUGCUCACACAGCCAAAGCCUCGGCGUGACAACAUAAUGUGGUGGGAAAGAAAUUCAAUUUGACAUAUUGAAGUAGCGAUUUUCACGGAGAGAAAGGGGUGAGAGGAGCCAGGUGUGUGUGUGUGUGUGUGUGUGUGUGUGUGUGGAAUCAGUCACUUUUCUGACUGACAUCAAGAAAAAAUAUGAGUGGGGGACACACAGGGAGGGAAGGUGAGAAACCAGUGAGAGCAUCCUUUCAGCCCAGACUAUUCUUCAGUGCAGCGGUCUCCUAGCAACCAAAAGACCCUCCAUCUUUUUUUUUUUUUCCUCCUUCUUCACCGCAGCAGAGAGGAGCUUGGACAGUAUCUAGUGGAGCAUAUGUUUUAGAUGGGAAGAGGCUCGUCACAGUUCAUCAGCAACGUUGCUACUCAGAAACGUAUACAUCACCUGAACAUAUGCAUCGUGUGUCUGCGCCGCCGUCCGCAGCCUGCGGAGAGAGAAGCGCGACAAUUAAUGCUGGGCAGAUGGCGAAGCGGCGGCAUGGAGGGAGGGAGAGGCGAGUGGGGAAAGGGGAGGUGGAUUAGUGGUAGCUUGCUUUUUCUUAUCUGUUUUUUUUGUUUUAGAAAAAAAAAAGGGAAAACUAACUUUUUUUUUAACUCGCUUUAUUAUUUUUUUUGUACUUUUUUCCUUCGGCUUGGAAGUGGUUUGCAGCGUAGUCUGAUUGGCAUUUCCUAAUGAGAGGAGACAAGCUGUAGCGAACAGCACAGCCAACUCCAGGUCCUGCCCCUUCUGCACUCACCGCCCACUCGCUGAGCCUCAGCUGUCACAUAUCUUUCCCUUCCUCUAUGCUUUUCUUUCUCUCUCUCUCUCUCCUCACCUCCU